UCCGUCAUCGUCCGGAGUGAGGGUGAGGACGACUGAUGUCGUCUCAGUCGCCGUCUCGAUGGCCAUGGCCUCCAGACCAACAACGAACCAUUCAAUCGUUGAAACGUUGCCUCCUCCGCUCCACAUGCAGUUGAGGUCCCGGGACAGACCGAUCGUAAGCGGUUCCUCAUUUCCUCUGAUGAUUACUUGGCCUAAUGGGUAUUACGUAGGUAGCUAAACCAACGCACGGCAUCGCAUGCGCGCAGGUAGCUAAAUCGUGCGCCGAAAAAUUACCUGAGCAAGUAGUGAUGAGGACGUAUAAAACAAGAGCAAAGUGUGCACUUUUGUAAGAAAAACGC